AUGGGAUUACCUGUCACCAUCCCAGUCGCUCAUCGGGCCAUUGAAGCUGAAGUCCUGUCUCAAAAACCUUUUGCGGACUUCGGAACAGUUAUAGAAAACCCAGCCCCGUCGCUCAUCCCAUCUUUGCAGAUCAGCAGUUUCCCGCCGAAUGCUGUACAGGCAAACCAAGGCAGCGCACUCAAGUACCUGGAUGUCACACAUAUGGUUGACCUGUAUGGCUCUGCUCCAAGUCAUGAGCCAGCCAAGGCAGUCAUGAACAUGUUUGUUUGCGCCCCGAGGCCACUGCUGCCGAGCCAGCACGGGGGCGAAGCCGGCAAAUUUCCAGUCAAAAUACUUGAGCGGCAUCCUUUUACCACUCAGACUUUCAUUCCACUUGGGUUGUCCUCAUCUGAAGCGCACAAAGCUCGUUACCUCGUCAUUGUUGCACCAAGUUUAUCUCCAUCAUCCUCCGAUGAAGGACUUCCGAUUCCAACCCGGACUCAAACCAACGGCCGUUUGCCCGGAAGAGGCUUACCAGAUCUGAAGAACAUUCGCGCCUUCGUGGCCAAUGGUGCCCAAGCUGUCACGUACGGGGCAGGGACGUGGCAUGCCCCCAUGGUGGUGAUCGGCCGGAAUCCAAUCGACUUUGUCGUGGUGCAGUUUGCGAACGGCGUGGCGAUCGAGGACUGUCAGGAGAGGGAGCUGGAAGAACAAGAGAAAGUUUUAGUGGCAGUUGCAAAGCCGCAUCACGGUUGGUGGAAGCUUUGA